AUGGCUCGCCCCAUCAGCUUCGUUUUUUUGUCCAGUUGGACAGCUGUAGCUUUUGCGUUCCCUCACAAUUCUUUUGACAACAUUAUUAAAGGGUCAAGAGUGGAAUUUGAAUCGUCUGGAAGCGGACCCGGUGAACCUGUCCGGGGAAUAGUGAAGGUUGUGCAGCUGGACCCCCGUGCCGUGGCCCAGUCAGGCUUCAUCAGAGGAGGACUCACCCCCAGAAGGGCACCCUCCUUCAGUUCCAGAAUGUCCUUCCCUGCUUUUUUGUCUCAGGGGCGUCCAGGUCCGGCUCUGGCCCCCAAGGCCCCAGUGAAUCCGCUACGUCUCCUGCACUCUAAAAGCCCCACUGAGAUGGAACUGAAGAAGAGGCAAGGCCUGCAGAUGUGGCAGAGAUCCAUUAAUAAAGGAGAGAAGAUUAGCGUGUCCCUGCCAAUCAACCUGAAGGACACUAAACAGACGUGCACUGCGGUACCUUUCACUCAGCGCGUGACGGCGGAUGGAUGUGACACAGUAACAGUGCACAACAAGCUGUGUUUCGGCCAGUGCAGCUCCCUGUUCGUCCCGUCCGAGGGGGAGUUUGCUGGGCCGGGCACCGGGACGGGGGCCCUCCGCCACCGGGCCCCCUGCUCCCGCUGCGCCCCGUCCAAAGCUUUAACCGUGGCUGUGCCCCUGCGCUGCGGAGCCAAAGUCCUGGAGAAGCUGGUGAUGGUGGUGGAGGAGUGCAAGUGCGAGACGGGCCGGGAGGAAAAGAGUGCCGAGGCUGCGGCGUCCACACACCUGUAA